UAAGUAAUUAUAUCUCCCAAAUCCAAGAUUUUAUUGGUUUAUUAAUCAAAAAUGGUGCGGCCUACCAGCGGGCUGGUGAAGAACGCGUGAAAUUACUUCAGCAAAUAAGGAAAGCAAUCAUGAUUUCGUACUCUGAAAAAAGACCACAGCCGGAAAAAAUUGACCCUCGCCCUGGGGAGCCGGAAGACCUGGUUGACAUACCGAAUGUGCCGUUUUUAUUAAUGAACUGUCAAGAAAAAAUGUCAAAAUCGUUGGGUAAUGUUAUUUCGGCUAAACAAUUUUGCCAAAAAUAUGGGGCUAAUGUUUUGAGAUAUUUAAUUUUAAAUGCUCAAUAUAAUCAAGUAAUUAAUUUAAGCGAGGAAUUAAUUCGACAAGCCACAAAAAUUGUCGUCCAGAAUACCACACCCUUACAGCAAGAAAUAGUUGCUAAUUUACUGAAUAAUCUCAAUACAGUUAAG